AUGGCAGAUCCCAACGGCCCUCCUCGCAGAGUGUCGAUGAGUUACCUUCUAGGGUUUUCUGACAAGCCGUUCAAGGGACCCAAACAGCCAUCGGUGCCACGGCCUAGAAGACCCAGUCAGUUAGCUGAAAUGGUUACCACCCCUGGUGGCAUAAUUGAAUGGGCCGCAAGCGACGGACGCAAAGGCAGAUUGACAGGCACCGGCAAGUCGCGCCUCACCGCAGCCGCUCUUGCAAAGGUACCAUCGGAGAAGCGCUCGACACACGAGGCAUUGGCUGCGAAGAGCGCGUCAAAGCACGGUGCUCCAGACAAGCCCGCAAAUGACGCUAAAAAUUCCUGGGACAAUACUGAGGCGAAGAACGGAACUAAGCACUCGGGCUCGAAGAAAGCGGCGAGUAACAAAGAAGAUGCUUGGGGAACCACCGACUGGGGUAUUGUUAACUCGAAAAACGAUACCAGUGGCAACCCUCACCAAUGGGCAUCUGGAGCCCUUGGAAACCCUUGGGAUAUGCCAAUUGCCGUGGAUGGUAAAGACAACAAGAAGGACGAUACUACAGGCGGACCACAAGCAACCGGCGCUCCGGUUGAGAUAACACUGCAGGAAGCAACAGUAGUGCCAGUUGUUGCGGAAAAGAAAGCGGACGAAUCCCAGUCGUGGACCAAGGAGCAGGAUGAAAAGCUUAUACAGUUGAAGACACAAAAUGCGGUCAUGAAGUGGACCAAGAUUGCUGAAGAGGUCGGCAAGCCGCAUGGUGAAUGUGCUAGACGUUUCAAAGAGAUCAAGCCCGUAGACUGGAAGCCCGACAUUGCGAAGAAGGGAGGAGCAGCUGGUGGUGGUGAUGGAGGUGGAGGCAAGAAGGGAAAAAAAGGCAAGAAGGGUAAUGACAACAGGGCGGUUGAGAACGAGAUAGAGGCUCCAGCUGACAUCGGUGUCGGUGAUGAUUCAUUUGGUAUGCUAGGUCUUGGUAUUGAUGAUGAUGUCAACAAGGGGAACUCUGACAAGAAAGAGGAUUCUUGGGGUAAGCAGGCCAGUGUUCACGCAUCUGGUGUUGCCAGUGGAUGGGAAAAGCCAGGAGAAACAACUGGAUGGGACGAUACAGGCGAUAAUAACGCUGGCUGGGGUGGUCCUACAGCUGCAACUGGUGGCGCUGACACAAGUGGUGAAAUUGCUUGGGACAGCGGUAAUACUUGGGGUGGUAACGAUCAGGCUGGUGCUGGUGCAGACAAUGCUGUCACGAGCAAUACAUGGAACAACCCAGGUGGAGACGGCGUAGCAGAUCAGUGGUCCGCCCCUACCAAACCCGCAUCCGCCCCCCGCUCGAACAAGGCCCCUUCCAAAGCCCCCAAAGCCCCUUCGCAGUCCCGCUCUCAAGGCAAAGACGAGGUCAAGCCCCCCGAGCCCGCCGAACCCGCACCAGCCCGCCCAGCCACGAUAGAGCUCAGGCCCGAUGACACCUUCUCAGCUGAUGACUUGCGUCAGAUCGCUCGCAUCCUGCAGCAAGAUUGCGCGAUGGUGUGGAACAGGGUCAGCUGGAGGUUCAAGGACAAGACUGGUAGGACCCUGCAUCCUGACGUGUUCGAGAAGAAGAUCACUGGCCAAGUUGAGGGCAAGGGUAGUGAGAAGGGUGGACGCAAGAAGUAG